CCCCGGGAGUGCGCUGGUUAACGGUGAGCCUGGGCCUGGCCCGGAGCGCGGGAACGAGUCCAUUAGGGACGCCGAGCAGGGGAGCCUGCCGCGGUCGGUGCCUCCUCUAGGCCGCGCUCCAGCCCUCUGCGGAAGGCCGCGCCCCCGCCCUGCGCGGUGGGCUCGUCCAGGCGGGAGGUUUUCGGCGGGCGGGUUCCCGCGCUCAUCGUUUUCUGCUUUCCACGCCCGCCGCCAUGCCCUGCUCGGAAGACGCUGCCGCGGUCUCUGUCUCCUCCAAGAGGGCUCGAGAGGAAGAUGGCACUUCUCUGCGCUUCGUGCGGCUCUCGGAGCACGCCACGGCGCCCACCCGCGGCUCCGCGCGCGCUGCAGGCUAUGACCUGUACAGUGCCUAUGAUUAUACAAUAUCGCCCAUGGAGAAAGCCGUUGUGAAGACAGACAUUCAGGUAGCUGUUCCUUCUGGGUGCUAUGGAAGAGUUGCUCCACGUUCCGGCUUGGCUGUAAAGCACUUCAUAGAUGUAGGAGCUGGUGUCAUAGACGAAGAUUAUAGAGGAAACGUGGGUGUCGUGCUGUUUAACUUUGGAAAAGAGAAGUUUGAGGUGAAAAAAGGUGAUCGGAUUGCACAGCUCAUCUGUGAGCGGGUUUUUUAUCCAGACUUAGAGGAAGUGCAAGCACUGGAUGACACUGAAAGAGGCUCAGGAGGCUUUGGCUCCACCGGAAAGAAUUAAAACUCUGCUUGAAGUAUUUUGCUGUCUCAACACUGGAAACAGGAGCUUGAAUUUUGGAAGUAUUUCGUGUUCUAGGAUGCAGGAAAGGAGACCUGUCACGCUGGAACUGCUCUGUUCUCUGGUUGACAGUAGCCUGUAAGUCUGCAUUGUGAGGAUGCCAUUGACAUGCAGACUUGGUAAAUUAGAUACAUUUUGUUGUUGUUGUAUUAUUUAAAUUAUAGCUCUCCAAGUGCUGGUUUUGCUCUAAUUGCUGUUAUCAUUUGUAAUUUUUUUUAUGCAAUAAAGUUAAAGUCUUUCGCAGU